AUGAAGGAUCAAUUUGAUGACUUGUGCAUUCACAUUAAUUUAAGAGAGAAAAUUGUCAGGAAUCUCAUGACUAUUAGUUUUAUACAUGUGGACUCGCCUCCAGGGUAUAUUUGUCAAAUAUCUCAUUCUAAAAUGUUGACUAUUCUAUCAACUGUCACUGAAUUUGGUACAAGAGCUCUUCCAGUGAUCAUGCUUGCAUGGAAAGCAAAAGAAAUCAAUGAUGCAAAUGAUGAUGAGGAACUUCAAAGAUCAUGUGAUAACAAUUCAUGCAUUAUCCAUCAUCAUCAACAAUUUAUCUCCCAGCUUGUUUUGAUACUCCAAGCAAAAAGUACACCAAAGAAAUUCCAUAAUAGAGAUUUUGUCCUUUAG